AGUAGUACCAACCGAACCGCUUAUUGACGAGGUCACUAAAGCAUUGACCUUGAGAGUUUCAAACGAAUGAGUCUCCUCUGUAUGCAUACGUCCUCCAUAGCCUUCCCAUUUUUGAACUCACGUCGAAAGUUCAAAAUAAAAGAAAAAGUUUGUAAAAUUUAUUCUCACGAAUCUUCCAUCGCAACUUUGUUGUUUUCUGUAGUUAAUCCUCAUAUAUACUAAACCCUUGUAAUUAAGAAACCUCGUAAGAAUGGCUGUGGCGAGUUUGUAUCGGCGAUCACUUACCUCUCCUCCUGCGAUUGACUUUUCUUCUACCGAUGGCAAGGUACGGAUCAAUUUUUGUCUCUGGCUUGCUUGUGCCCUAAGUUGUUGUUUUUCUUUGCAGAAUAUAUUCAAAGAAGCGGUUCAGAAAGGAACAAUGGAAGGAUAUUUCAGUUUAAUUUCUUAUUUCCAGACGCUGUCUGAACCUGCCUUUUCUGGUUUGGCUAGCCUUUCAGUGGUCUUGAAUGCCCUUUCCAUCGAUUCCGACCGAAAAUGGAAAGUUAAGUUUCAUCGCAAGUAUGACCCAUUUUGUUUUAUGCAUUUUCUUCCUAUAGGAUCUUGGAGGUGGUUUGAUGAAUCAAUGCUGGAUUGCUGCGAAUCUCUGGAGAUAGUGAAAGAAAAAGGGAUUUCAUUUGGAAAACUUGUGUGUUUGGCUCAUUGUUCAGGAGCUAAAGUGGAAGCUUUCCGCACAAGUCAUAGUACCAUUGAUGAUUUCAGAAAAUUCGUAGUGGCAUGCUCCAUUUCUGAGAAAUGCCAUAUGAUCUCGUCAUAUGAUAGAGGAGUGUUUAAGCAGACUGCAACUUCUCACUUUUCACCUAUAGGUGGCUAUAGUGCUGAAAGAGACAUGGCUCUGAUUCUUGAUGUCGGUCGUUUUAAGUAUCCUCCUCACUGGGUUCCUCUUAAACUUCUUUGGGAAGCCAUGGACACCAUUGAUCAGUCAACAGGGAAACGUAGAGGGUUCAUGCUCAUUUCUAGACUCCACAAAGACCCAGGAUUGCUUUAUACUCUGAGCUGCAAAGAUGAAAGUUGGAUCAGCAUAGUCAAGUAUUUGAAGGAAGACGUUCCUCGUCUUGUAAGUUCACAGCAUGUAGAUACUGUUGAAAAAAUCUUAUCAGUUGUGUUCAAGUCCCUUCCGUCCAACUUCAACACAUUCAUUAAAUGGGUGGCUGAGAUCCGAAGAACAGAGGACGCAAAACCAAAUCUUAGUGCAGAGGAGGAAUCAAGGCAAAAGUUGAAGCGAGAUGAACUGACGCAAGUGCAUGAAACCGAACUGUUCGAGCACGUGAGCAAGUUCUUAACCUCAGUGGGCUACGAAGAAAAUCUAUCAUUCGCAGCUGCUACGGCUUGUUGCCAAGGAGCCAAAGUCUUAUCCGGAUGCUCAUCAAACGAGUACUAUUGUCGCGAAACUUCUGUGAAAUGCAUCAAAGGUCAUGGGCCUUCUGGAGUGGAGGAAGCCACAGUUAUAGCCGGAGUUGUGGUUCGUGACGGUAGUGAACAAGAGGUUGACCUAUUGGUGCCGUCGACUCAACCUGUCUCGAAAGGAAGUGAAUAUUAUAGUCCGGAGUCAAAGUAUCCAUCAGGCAGCGAUGCAUUCACCGCGCUUCUGAUGGCUUUACCUCCACAGACAUGGUUUGGAAUCAAAGACCAAGCUCUUCAAACCAAAAUGAAGAAGCUGGUCUCCGUUGGCACCUUCUCGACUAUGCAUCACGAAGAGGUAUCUCAUCUUAGGAGACAACUUAUAAUGCUAAAGCGAUGCCAAGAGAAGAAGGAAGAGGAAGACCUCACCGCUCCUCUCUCUUAAUUCAAUCUAGUUCCAAUUUCUCAGAACUCUAUAUUUGCAAAGAACAAUGUGGAAUUGUGUGAUAUAUGCAAACCAGGUGUUUAUUAGUUUUUUGUGAACAUUUGUUAGUUUAUGUUUUACUAAUUCAAAAAAUCAGUAUGAUAAAUUUUUAUUUAUACAAAUUCUUUUUGAUUAACAUUUAAUUAUAAAUAAUUUAUUAUCUUAAUUUUCAAUUUUUAUAAUAGAAAAAUAUUAUUUCAAGAUAACAAUACAAUAUAUAAGAUAACAACACAAUAUAAUAACAAUUAUCUUAUUAAAAUAUAUAUAGGAAUUAUAUUUUUACAAUAAAAUAUAUUUUUAGAUUUUGGAUCAUUUUUAUUAUUAUUAAUUUUAAUCAUUUAUAUUAUUAAAAAAAUCAAAAUCGUUUUUAUUUUUUACUAAUUUAGAUAUUUAAUUCAUUAAGAAAAUCGAUAUUAACCGGUCUAACUUUUAACGUGGAGCUCCGUUGUGAAAAAUCAGUUCGCUCGCAAAUAAUAGUAUACAUCUAUAUACUAUGCAAGCUAUUAACCAUAUAGAUCACUCGAGAACGUCAAAAUCCGAGGAAACGAUGUAAGCAUAAAAUCUUGCAAACGAUUCAUUUAUGACAAUGUUAACAUCCGAGUACUAUAAUUCAUGUCAUAUGCACAACAUUG